AUGAGUGACGAAGUCUACGACGGUGCGAUCGGUAUCGAUCUUGGCACCACCUACUCUUGCGUUGCCAACUAUGAGGGCGCCAACGUUGAGAUCAUCGCCAACGAGCAGGGUAGCUUCACCACUCCCUCGUUCGUCUCCUUCACUCCCGAGGAGCGUCUCAUCGGUGAGGCGGCCAAGAACCAGGCUGCCAUGAACCCGGCCAACACCGUCUUCGACGUCAAGCGUCUCAUUGGCCGGAGAUUCGACGACGAGACCGUCAAGAAGGACAUUGAGUCCUGGCCCUUCAAGAUCGUCGACCACGAGGGCGCUCCCGCCGUCCAGGUCGAGUACCUCAACGAGACCAAGACUUUCUCCCCCCAGGAGAUCUCCGCCAUGGUUCUGGUCAAGAUGAAGGAGGUUGCCGAGACCAAGCUCGGCAAGAAGGUUGAGAAGGCCGUCAUCACCGUCCCGGCCUACUUCAACGACAACCAGCGUCAGGCCACCAAGGACGCUGGCUCCAUCGCUGGCCUGAACGUCCUCCGUAUCAUCAACGAGCCCACCGCUGCCGCCAUCGCCUACGGUCUCGGCUCCGGCAAGUCCGAGAAGGAGAGGAACGUCCUCAUCUACGACCUUGGUGGAGGAACUUUCGAUGUGUCCUUGUUGCACAUCCAGGGCGGUGUCUUCACCGUCAAGGCCACCGCUGGUGACACCCACCUUGGUGGUCAGGACUUCGAUACCAACUUGUUGGACCACUUUAAGAAGGAGUUCCAACGCAAGACCAAGAAAGACAUCUCCGGCGACCCGCGUGCCCUGCGUCGUCUGAGGACUGCUUGCGAGCGUGCCAAGCGUACCCUCUCCAACGCCACCCAGACUACCGUUGAGAUCGACUCUCUCUUCGAGGGCGAGGACUUCAACUCCACCAUCACCCGUGCUCGUUUCGAGGAGCUGAACGGCAAGGCUUUCUCCGGCACCCUCGCCCCCGUCGAGCAGGUGCUCAAGGACGCCUCCAUUGACAAGGCCAAGGUCGACGAGAUCGUCCUUGUCGGUGGUUCCACCCGUAUUCCCCGCAUCCAGAAGCUCCUCAGCGACUUCUUCAACGGCAAGAAGCUCGAGAAGAGCAUCAACCCCGACGAGGCCGUUGCCUACGGUGCCGCCGUCCAGGCCGGUAUCCUCUCCGGCAAGGCCCAGUCCGCCGAGACCGCCGACCUCCUUCUGCUCGAUGUCGUCCCGCUCUCGCUCGGUGUCGCCAUGGAGGGCAACAUCUUCGCCCCCGUCGUCCCCCGUGGCCAGACCGUCCCCACCAUCAAGAAGAGGACCUUCACCACGGUUGCCGACAACCAGACCACCGUUCAGUUCCCUGUCUACCAGGGUGAGCGUGUCAACUGCGAGGACAACACCUCGCUGGGCGAGUUCACUCUUGCUCCCAUCCCUCCCAUGAAGGCUGGUGACGCCGUCCUCGAGUGUGUCUUCGAGGUCGAUGUCAACGGUAUCCUCAAGGUCACGGCCACCGAGAAGUCGACCGGCCGCAGCGCCAACAUCACCAUCUCCAACUCUGUUGGCAAGCUCUCUUCGGGCGAGAUCGAGAAGAUGAUCGACGAUGCCCAGAAGUUCAAGACGUCGGACGAGGCCUUCUCCAAGCGCUUCGAGUCGAGGCAACAGCUCGAGGCCUACAUCUCGCGUGUCGAGGAGAUGAUCUCGGACCCUGGUACCUCGAUGAAGCUCAAGCGUGGCCAGAAGGAGAAGAUCGAGUCGGCCCUCAGCGACGCCAUGGCCCAGCUCGAGAUCGAGGACACCAGCUCCGAGGAGCUCAAGAAGAAGGAGCUCGCCCUCAAGCGCACCGUCACCAAGGCUUUCUCCACCCGGUAA